AUGUCGGAGCAGGCUGGUUACUCUCCGAGUUUUAAAAGGCCGUCUGAAAUUCUUCGAAUGCGGCGGAAAAGAGCACGGAGUGAAGGAGUUGCUUCGAGCGCCCAAAGCGCUGUUUCAAACCCUGGUUUAUCGAUAGCAGGAGUUAGGCCGUUCUCUCCUGGACCUCUGUCCAGCGCCCAGGGAAAAAUCACCGGAGGAGUAAAGCGUAGAAAUCCUUUCGCGAACAUUGAGAAUACUUUCAACAGCCCUAAGAAGAGAGUUAUAUCGUGUUCUGAUGCAGAUGCAGACGCACUGGUAUAUAAAAGAUCUGUCGUUUCUGUUGAAUGCAAGGGAGAAAAUGUGACAGAACAGUGUGUUAACAGCGUUCCAGCACUGUCAUUUAGUGAGCAGCUCCUCGAUGCCGUGAGACAAAGCAAAGACGUGCCAAAGAAAGCUUCCGUUUCAGAGGACGAUUCUUUGUUUGAGGAAGACUCAUUCGAAGAUAGAAAGUCCACUCCGAUUUUGAAGAGUCCUCAGGCCCAGACUGUAAGUGAUGAAGCCUCUGUGGGAAUUUGUAGUGAGUACCCGGCUGACUGGAGCCUGAAGACCAGACUUCUCUUCACUUCUCCCCAGUCUUUCUCCUGGGCUGAACAUCCAAGAGCACAGGAGGAGGCCCAGGGGCUGAGUCAGCACUGCAGGGCACAGCAUGCCAGCAUCCCUCAGAACAUACAGGACCCUCGGGGCUGUACGGAACUUCGCUAUGGUUUUCAGCAAUGUCUUCAGUACUGGCAACACCCAUCCCUUCCCUGGCUGCCACUUUUCCCCAGGAUUGGAGCAGAGCGCAAGUUCUCUGGAAAGGCCACACCCUGGGCCCAGGACUCUGCCUUACAGCAAAGUCUGAUGAGUGAAUGGUCGUCGAGUCUUACAUCUCUGUACAGUCUGGUGAAGGCUAGACUCUGUCCUUAUUUCUACAUAUGCUCCUACCAGUUCACCGUGCUGUUCCGUGCUGCUGGCCUAAGUGGAACCACGGGCAUCACUGCUCUGCUCUCCCCAACCACCAGGGGGCUCCGCGAGGCCAUGAAAGCAGAUGGGAUAGAGUUCACGCUCCCCCUGCUGGAGGAGAAGAAGAAGAGCAAGGAGAGUAGCUCCUCACAGCUCAAUGAGGAUUCACAGCAGACAGAGGGAGAGGAGGAGCGCACUGCUGAUGAUUGUGAUAAUGAUGAUGAUGAUGAUGAUGAUGAGGAGGACGGUGGGUUUUCCUGGUUGAAGGAGAUGGGGGUCCAAGACAAGAUAAAAAAGCCAGAUGCACUUUCCAUCAAACUCCGUAAAGAACACAGUGAGGUUCGUCUGGACCACCGACCCGAAUCUGUGGUCUUAGUUGAAGGUUCCAACACUUUCACUCUCCUCAACUUUCUCAUUAACUGUAAGAGCCUGGUGGCAGCGGCAGGAUGCCAAGCAGGUCUGCCCCCCACUCUCCUGGCGCCAACCGCCUUCAGAGGGGCCACCCUGCAAACACUCAAGGCACGCUGUGUGAAUGUGAAGACCCAGGUGAGGACUGGUUACCAGGAUGUAUGCAGUCUGGAGGUGACAGGUCCCAUCAUGCCUCAUGCUGUUCACAGCCUCACGCAACUCCUCAGGCCUUCACAGAGAGGCAGUUUCUCGGUGGGCCUGUACACUCACGAACCGACGGCUGUUCUCAACGUCCCUGUGUGCAAAAUCUCCGAUCCCAGACCACAGGAUGCAGUGGUGGAGGACUUGAGCAGGUGCGGUCUUCAGCAGAGCACAGUAAAGCAGCUUUCAGAGCUGAGCACACUGGGCAAGUCUGCCCUGAGACAGCUACACAUGAGGGACUACUCCUACACCUGGAGGACAUGA